AUGCACGACUCCUUUGUUAGCCACAAUUCCUCCUCCUGGCAGGGGGAGCCCCCGCUGUCACGCGGCGGCUUCAUUCUGCUCUCCGUGGUCAUGGCCCUUUUCACGGGGCCGGCCGUGGUGCUCAACGCUACAGUGAUCAUCGUGUCCCUGCUGCACAAGCAGCUGAGGCAGCCGCUCAACUACGCUCUGGUGAACAUGGCCGUGGCAGACCUGGGAUCAGCCGUGACCGGGGGGCUUCUGUCUGUGGUGCACAACGCCCAAGGGUUCUCCUCCCUGGGAAGAACAGGCUGCGUGAUGGAGGGCUUCGCCGUGUCCCUGUUUGGCAUCACGUCUCUAUGCACCGUGGCCCUGAUUGCCGUGGAGAGGAUGUUUGUGGUGUGCAAGCCUUUGGGUCACAUGACCUUCCAGAAGAAGCAUGCGCUGGCUGCCAUCGCCUUGUCCUGGAUCUGGUCCCUCACGUGGAACGUGCCGCCUCUGCUGGGGUGGGGCAGGUACGAGCUAGAGGGGGUCGGGACUUCCUGUGCGCCCGACUGGCGCAACCGAGACCCUCACCACAUGUCCUACAUCCUGGUUUAUUUCGCCGUGUGCUUCGCUGUCCCGUUUGUCGUCAUCCUGGUGUCCUACUCCAGAUUGAUGUGGACUCUGCACCAGGUGUCCAAGCUGGCCUGCCUUGAAGGAGGUGCAGUGGCUAAAAAGGAGCUGAAGGUGGCGUCCAUGGUGGUCCUCAUGGUCCUGACCUUCCUCAUCAGCUGGCUGCCUUAUGCUGGUCUGUCCAUGCUGGUGGUCUUCAACCCCCACGUGGAGAUAAGCCCCCUGGUGGGCACAAUACCCGUGUACUUGGCCAAGACCAGCACCGUGUACAAUCCCAUCAUUUACAUCUACUGCAACAAACAGUUCCAGAGGUAUGUGGUGCCUUUCCUGCUGUGCAAAGAGGUGAGGAUCCAGGAAGACACAUCUGAAGUUGGCACCACUGUGGAGUUGAGCACCAACAAAGUGUCUCCAGCCUGAAAGCCAACAAUCACACAAGCGAAAACUACACACUUUUGUGUACUGUUUGCAGUACAAAUGACAAU